GCUGCACAGGAGCGAAAGCAGGCGAGGGACGAGGACGAGGAGGCUGAGCUGGAGUCAGGGGCCGCUGAAAAUGGCGAGGACGAGCGGAGAGGAGCCGAGGGGCGAUCGGCGAUGCGAGUUUUGAUUGAGCAUUGGGAGCCUUGAGCUGCGCUGCGCUGGGCCUGCCUCUUGUGCUUGCUGCUGCUGCUGCUGCUGCUGCCCUGCGUCUGCUCUGCUCUGCUGCUGCUGCUGCCCUGGCCCGGCGCUGCUCUUCUUUGCUGCAUCAUCGAUUCGCCCAUUGGCACGCCCGACGUGCUAUAUUUGAGACGGCAGCGCACGCGCACGCGCCCACAUACAUUUGGAUCGUUUUGCGGUAGGCACGACGCGGUGCGUGUCGGCCUGCAAGAUCUCGCUCUCAGAAUCGCAGGCGAGUCUAGCGAGACUCCAUUGUGCUCAAGAAGGGAUCGCAAUUCUUGGCGUCCGCUCAGACGGAGGCGACCUAGACGAGGCGAGGCGAGGCGAGGCGAGGCGGGGCGGGGCGGGAGCACGCGACGAGACGAGACGCGCAGCAUCUUUGGGCUUGAAGCAUUCGGUAGUGGGCGGCAGGCAGGAGGAGCUCGCAGGGUCGGUAGGGUUGUCGCGCACGGACAUUGUGGUUGGUGCAGGCAGGACGGGAGCUGGGAACCGGAAUUUGUCGAAGAGUAAGGCGCUAGCGCAGAGCGGUCAUGCAGUUUUCCAAGUUAGAUGAUUCCCCGAUGUUUAGGAAGCAGAUCUUAGCUCUCGAGGAGACUGCGGAAGCGUUGAGGGAGCGAUGUCAGAAGUUUCAUAAGGGCUGCCGGAAAUACACAGAGGUGCUCGGAGAAGCAUACGAUGGAGAUAUCGCAUUUGCUAAUGCCUUAGAAAGUUUUGGCGGAGGCCUGGAUGAUCCGAUGGCGAUCGCCGUCGGAGGGCCUGUGAUGACAAAAUUCACCAUCGCAUUGCGGGAGAUCGGCACCUAUAAAGAAAUUCUGCGCUCUCAAGUAGAACAGACCUUAGAGGAACGGCUAACUCAUUUCGUCAGCCUCGAUCUGCAGGACGUCAAGGAACUCCGCAAGAGGUUUGAGAAAUCCAGCCUGCACUACGACCAGGUGCGUGUGAAGUUUCUGAAUCUCAAACGGGAUGCUAAACUGGAUGUUGUGAUCGAAGCGGAAGAGGACCUGCGAAUUGCCAGAAGCUCUUUCGAGCAAGCUCGGUUUAAUCUGGUAUCCGCUCUGUCGAAUCUUGAGGCCAAGAAGAAGUUUGAGUUUCUAGAAGCUGUCAGUGAAUGCAUGGAUGCUCACUUGAGGUACUUCAAACAGGGAUACGAGUUGUUACACCAGAUGGAGCCUUACAUUCAUCAGGUGCUAGCUUACGCACAGCAGUCUAGGCAGAGAGCAAAUUAUGAGCAAGCAGCUCUUGCUGACAGAAUGCAGGAGUUCACUAGGCGUAUGGAGCGCGAGAACGAGAGGUCAUUUAGUAAGGCUGAUAUGUCCGCAGCGGGCGAUGGAAUCCAGACUGUUGGGAGGAGCUCACACCGGCUAAUUGAGGCAGUGAUGCAAUCCACGCCCGGGGGAAAGGUUCAGACCAUAAAACAGGGGUACCUGCUCAAACGCUCGACGAACUUGCGUGGAGACUGGAAGAGGAGGUUCUUUGUUUUAGACAGUUUUGGCAAGUUGUACUACUACAGGAAGCAGUGGGGGAAACCGACGGAUGAGAAGACGAUUGCCCAUCACACGGUGAACCUGUUGACGUCCACUAUCAAAAUGGACGCCGAGCAAACCGACCUGCGCUUCUGUUUUCGAAUCAUCUCGCCUUCCAAAAGCUACACGCUCCAGGCCGAGAACGCCCUCGAUAGGAUGGACUGGAUCGAUAAAAUUACCGGAGUGAUAGCAUCUCUCUUAAAUUCACAAAUAACAGAUCAGAGACCUGUUAACAGUAGCUCUAGCAGUUUCGCUAUGGAUUCCGAACAUUCUUUGUUCGAGGAGACGAGCUCAUUGAGCGUCUCCUCACACCGACGUAGUUGUGAGGCAGGUCAUGGCGCGGCUCGUGAACGUCAGGAGAGGCCAUUAGAUAUUUUGAGGAGUGUUCCAGGGAACGAGUUAUGCGCUGAUUGCGGUACUCCAGAUCCGGAUUGGGCGUCUCUUAACCUCGGGGUCCUUCUGUGUAUAGAAUGUGCUGGUAUUCACCGUAAUCUCGGAGUACAGGUCUCGAAGAUGCGCUCCUUGACUCUAGAUGUGAAAGUAUGGGAGCCUUCUGUGAUAGCCUUCUUUUUAUCAGUAGGCAAUGUCUUCGCCAAUUCUAUCUGGGAAGAAGAGCUCGUUCGGUCAAAUAGCAGCUCACGGCGGUUUGACAGGACUAGUGGGAACCUGGAUCAGAAGGACGCGUUAGCCAAACCUCAACCGAGAGAUCCCAUCAAUGUGAAGGAGAGGUAUAUACACAUGAAGUACGUCGAUAGACGCUUCUUGCGGAAGGUUGAACACAAUCCUCAAGGGCCAAGCGUGGCUUCGAGCAUCUGGAAUGCCGUUCUUGCAGGCAACAAACAGGUUGCUCUCAGACUCUUUCUGAUCGAAAAGGCCGACGCCAACACAACGCAUGAGCAGGCGAUGGGAUUGGUCACUCCUCAUGCCUCUCAAGGUGCUCCUGUCACCAGUAAAGGUGACUUCGAGGAGAAUUUGUGGGGAUGUACGUUACUUCAUUUGGCCUGCCAAAUUGGUGAUCUCGCAAUGAUAGAAAUGCUUCUACAGUAUGGCGCACGCGUCAACAGUAGAGAUGGUUUCGGGAGAAGUCCUCUUCAUCAUUGUGUCACGUAUGGCAAAAAUUUCUGUGCCAAACUACUUGUGUUGCGAGGAGCACAACCUACGGCUAUUGACGGCUGGGGCAAGACUCCUCUGGACUGUGCCUUGGAAUUGGGACCUGUAACUGAUGAAGAGCUUUUUCUUCUACUUUCUGAGCCUAGUAAAUGAUGUUCCGUGAGCCAGUUCGCUUUCCAUCGAAAGGUUGGGGUGUAAUAUACGAAUUAUGAAACUCUUCUCUUGUUCUGCAACCUUCAACAGGUUUCGUGCCCGACCGCUGGUACCCUCCAGAUUUCAGAAGAAGAGUCCGAAGUGAGUGCAUACUGGACUGGCACCAUCUAAACUUACCAGGAUUUAUAAGCUUGACUAUUACGUAGUAGCUACACCUUUGAGAUCUCGAUUGAUAAGUGACAAGCUGGCAAGCUUGGUGAUGAGGUCUUGCAUGUCUUCUCUAACCUGUGGAGGAGGUCUGAAUGAUUGAGAGGAAUAUAACCUGGCCGGCGAGUAUGAACCAUUGAUUGUCAACCUGUCUUGGUUUGCUCAGUGGAGUUUGCAUUUGAUUCGUAGAUGCAGUGUCCUUCUGCCAGCUUCUUCAAGGGAAGUUCUCAAACAUUCCCUCACUGCAUCCCUCUGGCUAGUGAACGUUCGCUCCUUUCUUUUGACCUCAAAUCACCUGCUUUUCUUUUCUGGUGUAGAGAUUCCUUCAUUCUGUUAUCAAUCAUCAUGAAUAUGGUUAUAUGUCUUCAUCAUUCCAAAGCCUUGUGCUCUGGGAACGAAAGCAUAACUAUGCGGAAUCGAAAGGAAAUAUUCCACUUUAGAGACAACUGUGAAAGAUGGAUGUCAGAUAAGCUAUUAUAGACAGCCUAGGAACUUAGUUAGCAGUUCUACCUUAACUUCACCUCUUAUGACCCAAAAAAUUAGGCUGAAAGAAACAGAGAGGAAGCAGGUUGCAAAACUUGGGUUGUUCGUACCUUAGGCCGCUUUCGGAGGGAAGAUAAGAGCUGUGAAGUACUUCGAGACGGAUCGCGAUACAAGAAUCAAUAAUUGGAUCAAUUUGUAGACUCCUGUCAGAGAAGGCAAUUUGGACAGGUCAGGAUUCGAAGCUUUGAAACAGUUUAGGUGGUAAGAAAGACUGUAAACAUAUUCAUUAAACUCCUGUCAAAAACAUGUGGGUUGGUUCUUAAAUGCUCAGAUUUCCUAGCAUGGGAUAUUUAGAGCUCUCACUUCCUGUGGAUCAAUUGAGUGUCUACAUCAAUCAUGCUACUCUGUUGUAAAAUAAAUGUACAUGCUUCAUCCCUGAAGGGUUUUGCG